ACACGACACUCUCCAUGUUGGGCAGCAUAUAAAUCCACAAAAUGGAGUCACAUCCACAGAAAUGUUUUGAAAUGUUGAGCCGUGUAAGGCAACAGAUUCUAUUGAUAACAAGACUCAAGUUUUGCUAUUUAUAGUUGCUUGACCACCCGUGUCCGUGACUGGGGAGGAAAAAAUGGCUAUGGGGACAACCAACCCACCAAUGUCAUGCAUCCACACGUUUCGUACCCAAUCCCCACAGCUCCCGAUCAAGAAUAUGACUUUCUCCAGAAUCCGGGUCGGACCCGGGUAUCGGACUUCCAUUCGAGUAUCAGCAGCAAGUUCUGGGAUGAAGGAGAUGGUAUUGGAGCAGCACCGGAAGGAAGAAAAGCAACUGCAGAUGGGAAUCGCUGAGUUCUACGACGAGUCGUCUGCCAUAUGGGAAGAUAUUUGGGGUGACCAUAUGCACCACGGGUUUUACGACCCGGAUUCGACCGUUUCCGUUUCGGAUCAUCGCGCUGCUCAGAUCCGAAUGAUCGAAGAGUCGCUUCGUUUUGCCGGCGUUUCUGAGGACACUGCCAAAUGGCCCAAGAGUAUAGUUGACGUUGGGUGUGGCAUAGGGGGAAGCUCAAGAUACAUGGCCAAGAAAUUUGGCGCAAGGAGCGUAGGCAUCACUCUAAGUCCUGUUCAAGCUGAACGAGCAAAUGCUCUUGCUGCUGUUCAAGGAUUGGCUGACAGGGUUUCCUUUCAGGUUGCGGACGCUCUAGAGCAACCAUUCCCCGAUGGGCAAUUUGAUUUGGUGUGGUCCAUGGAGAGUGGAGAGCAUAUGCCUGACAAAGCAAAGUUUGUUGGAGAGUUAGCUCGGGUAGCAGCACCAGGUGGAACCAUAAUAAUAGUAACAUGGUGCCACAGGGAUCUUGGCCCUGCUGAAGAUUCCUUACAUCCGUGGGAGAAAGAUCUUUUGAAGAGGAUAUGCGAUGCUUAUUACCUUCCAGCAUGGUCCUCAACUUCUGAUUAUAUCAGAUUGCUCCAAUCCCUGUCACUUCAGGAUAUUAAGACAGCAGAUUGGUCUCCCUUUGUGGCUCCUUUUUGGCCAGCAGUGAUACGCUCAGCAUUGACAUGGAAGGGUCUCACUUCACUCUUUCGUAGUGGACUAAAAACCAUAAAAGGUGCUCUGGCUAUGCCAUUGAUGAUAGAGGGAUUCAAGAAGGAUCUAAUUAAAUUUGCCAUCAUUACGUGUCGAAAGCCUAAAUAAGUGAAGGCAGGCUUAUUUUUAUAGAAUGAAACAGGUUUCCAGCAUAUCAUUUAUUCUGAUAGUUCAGAAACAAGAGAAAAAGAAAUUAAAGGGGUUGGGAUUUACCGAUAUCUUCCUUUUCGUUUAUGUUCUAAAAUAUUUCUGACAUAAGCAUAGAAUCGAAUAAAUCAAGAUAAAAUUAAAAAGAAAUUAUCAAGAUACGGACUUGGGCCAUGUGGAAUCCUUUUGAGCAUGAGGGGUGAAAUUGAAUGGAAGGUCUUGCUUAGCCUUCAUUUGAACAAAAAAGACAAUAAUACCUCAUUACAUGUUUUAUUUUAUUUUGAAUCGAGACUGUUAUUCCAUCACGAUCAAAAUUUUAGCCUUCAGU